CCAAUACAACCCGUCACUAUACAAAAAAAACUUAAAAAAAACAUACCUACUUGUCUUUCCCUUUCACAAUCUAUUCUUCUUAUUCUUUAAAUAUCACUAUGCCUAAUAACACCAGUUUUGUCUUUGUCGGUAAUCCCGGAAAGAAGAUCUCUUUAGAACAUGCCAGCCACUCUUGCCCUCGCUGCAAACAAUUAUCAGUCCAACUCAUUAGAUCCGAGACACAAUUGAUCGUCCUCAAUAAGCGCAUCGCCAACAACAUGCGGGUCAGAUACGAAUGUUCGAGUUGCAAAUGGAAAAACGAAGAACUGCCCUAUGACAGCGACACCAUGGCCCAAAUGCAGCGUUACUUUUCUGAUGAUGGGGGAGAUAUGUCCUCUGAAUCAUCUGGUGAAACAUACAUGUAUCCUGUGUCCCCGACAUCACCAACUAGACCAGGCACAGCCUAUUAAAUAAUCCAAAGCUUUACUAUCAGCCAACCAAGUCAACCAAAUUCAACCAACCAAAUUCAGCCAAAGCCCAUUGUCAUCAUGCCCUUAUUUUUAUUUUCUUUUACUAUCUCCUCUGCGUCCUAUCGAUAUUUCAACUACGGCACCAUUGCACGCACACACGCAAACACGCACACACGCACACACGCACACAAUAUACAUUACACGCAUAAUGAACAAUGGACAAUGGAAAAUAAUUUUAUAUUCAUCAAAUUUACUUAAAUGCGCCAAGCAUUACAUUCUUAUUUAUAUUUUCAUUAUUAUUCUUAUAGACUUUGGCUUUAAAUGCUUUUAAAAACAACUAUCAUCUCUUACCAAGAUUAUUCAUAACUUAGACUUUAUUUAUCAUUAUCAUUAUCAUUACUACUACUAUAUAUUUUUUUCUUUAUUUCUUCCUUUUAAUACGCCUCUUUACUUACUAUAUUUCUCAUCUGUACAUUCUCCAAUUCAUUCAAUAUUAAUCUACCAUAUGCCACUUUCUUUUAUUUUUUAUUUUCUUUUUGCAAUUUAUAAUUAUUACAAAUAUACAAUAAUAUAAAUAUAAAUAUUGCUCUUAUUUUGGAGAAUAUAUGCGUACAAAUGUUUAUUCUAUGCAAUUACACACAUAAAUAAAAUAUAUAAAUAAUAAUAAUAAUAAUAAUAAAAAAUACAAUGAAAAUGUUACAUUUC